CCUGAGCAUCUUUCGCCGUCGGCAAGUUGGUCCCUUCCAAGAACCGAUCCACGGGGAUGUAGGGACGGCGGGAGAAAGCCCUCUGUCUCCGGUGACGACGACGAGGGCGACUUUCUUCACGGGCCGGACUUUGGUCAGCGGGGCGUCGACGUCUUCGGUCUGGAGCUGCUCGUUGAUGUUGUAGAGGACCUCGACGAGGGUCUCGGAGAAGGGGCGGCCGUUGACGACGGCCUCCUGGGCGCGGCGGACUUUGGCGGCGGCGACGAGCUUCAUGGCCUCGGUGAUCUUCUGGGUAUUCUUGACGGAUUCGAUUCGGGUUCGGAGCUCGCGGAGGUUGCACUGAACAGGGGAAACAGAGGUGGGUCUGGAGGUGGAAGAAGGGGAAGAAUUGGGAGAUGGGAUUUGGAACGGCGAGACGGAGGAGCGGAAGGAGAGCGGUGAAGCGUCGGAGAGGGAGGUUUUUGAGGAGGCCCACAUUGUCAGAUUGGAGCAGGCCAUGGCUAGAGCUGAAGAGAAAGAAGAAGAGCAGAUAGAGAGGGAGAUAGAAACAGAGUGUUGGAGAAAACAGAGUGAUGGUGGAUGGAAGGGCAAUGGAGGAUGUUGGAGGGCUCUGAUUCUUUUGUUUGUUCGGCGAAAGAGUUAUCUGAGAGUGUGAGGAUGUAAGAGGAGAAAGGGAAAUGAGUGGAGGGAAAGGGAGAUGAGAGCUUUGAGAGGAUGAGGUUUUGGGAUAAGGAUUUUGACUGCUGGGGAGAUUGCGCUUCUCUCUCUCUCUCUCUUGGUUGGCAAUUGGCAUAUGCUUUUUUUUUCUGAUUUCUUCUAAUUCUGUUUGUGUGGUGGCGCCAAAAGUUCAAAAAAGGAAGAAGAAA